AUGGGGAACUACAAGUCCAGACCCACCCAGACAUGUACAGAUGAGUGGAAGAAAAAAGUUGGCGAGUCCUACGCCGUUAUUGUGGAGAGGCUGGAAGACGACCUUCAGCUUAAAGAAGUCGAGCAAGCUGAACUUAAAUUGGUGUUCAGCUCAGACGACGCCUUCGGCAAAGUCAAUUUAAACUAUCGAACAGAGAAUGGCCUAUCUCUCCUUCACUCGUGCUGCAUCUGCGGCGGUACUAAGUCUCAUAUUCGAACGUUGAUGCUGAAAGGUUUACGACCAUCCAGGCUGACUAAAAAUUGCUUCACUGCACUACACAUAGCGGCCUAUAAGGACAACGCUGAGCUGCUGACAGCAAUGCUGCACGGUGGGGCGGACAUCCAGCAGGUGGGCUACGGCGCUCUGACAGCACUUCACAUCGCAACCAUCGCAGGAAACCACGAGGCUGUGGACAUUUUACUGCAACAUGGAGCCUAUGUCAAUGUUCAGGACGCCGUGUUCUUCACCCCGCUACACAUCGCAGCGUACAACGGUCACGAGCAGGUCACUCGCUUGCUGCUGAAAUUUGGAGCGGAUGUUAACAUGUGUGGAGAGGUGGGGGACAGACCUCUGCAUCUGGCCUCUGCCAAAGGCUACUUAACGAUCACAAAACUCCUGCUGGAAGAGGGCACCAAAGCAGACGUCAAUGCUCAAGAUAACGAGGAUCAUGUCCCACUCCACUUCUGUUCCCGGUUUGGUCACCAUGAAAUUGUCAAAUAUCUUCUACAGAAUACUGCUGAUGUCCAGCCUCAUGUUGUGAAUAUAUAUGGUGACACCCCCCUACACCUUGCUUGUUACAAUGGGAAGUUUGAAGUGGUGAAGGAGUUAAUUCAGCUGUCCAGCACAGAAAGUCUGACCAAGGAAAAUAUUUUCAGUGAAACGGCUUACCAUAGUGCCUGCACCUAUGGGAAGAAUCUGGAGCUCAUAAAGUUUCUUCUUGAUCAAAACGUCCUCAACAUCAACCACCAGGGUAGAGACGGGCAUACAGGGUUGCACAGCGCCUGUUACCAUGGACACAUGCGCCUGGUGCAGUUCUUAUUGGACAAUGGGGCUGACAUGAACCUGGUCGCCUGCGAUCCCAGCAGAUCCAGCGGGGAGAAGGACGAGCAGACUUGUCUGAUGUGGGCGUAUGAGAAAGGACACGACGGAAUUGUAACGCUGCUGAAACAUUAUAAGCGGCCUCAGGAUGAAUCUCCGUGUAAUGAAUACUCUCAGCCCGGUGGAGACGGUUCCUAUGUGUCUGUCCCGUCCCCUCUUGGGAAGAUUAAGAGCAUGACUAAAGAAAAAGCAGACGUACUGCUGCUGCGUGCCAGCCUGCCCUCACACUUUCACCUCCAGAUGUCCGAAAUUGAAUUUCAUGAAAUAAUUGGAUCAGGGUCAUUUGGGAAAGUGUAUAAAGGAAGAUGCCGUAAUAAAAUUGUGGCUGUGAAAAGAUACAGAGCCAACACUUUCUGUUCCAAAUCCGAUGUGGACAUGUUCUGCCGGGAGGUCUCCAUACUCUGUCGGCUCAACCACCCUUGUGUCAUCCACUUUGUUGGCGCCUGCCUGGAUGACCCCAGCCAGUUCGCUAUCGUGACUCAGUAUGUCUCAGGAGGCUCGCUCUUUUCUCUUCUUCAUGAGCAAAAAAGAAAUCUCGACCUGCAGUCAAAGCUGAUUAUUGCUGUGGAUGUCGCCAAAGGCAUGGAGUACCUCCACAACCUGACCUACCCCAUCAUCCACCGGGACCUCAACAGCCACAACAUCUUGCUGUAUGAAGAUGGACAUGCUGUGGUUGCAGACUUUGGAGAGUCAAGGUUUCUUCAGUCGGUCGAUGAGGACAACAUGACCAAACAGCCCGGGAACCUCCGUUGGAUGGCCCCAGAGGUUUUCAGCCAGUCCACGCGCUACACCAUAAAGGCCGACGUGUUCAGCUAUGCCCUCUGCCUUUGGGAACUGCUUACUGGCGAAAUCCCUUUUGCUCAUCUAAAACCAGCUGCAGCCGCUGCCGACAUGGCAUACCAUCACAUCAGACCGCCAAUAGGAUACUCCAUCCCCAAGCCGAUUUCCUCCUUGUUAAUGAGGGGCUGGAAUGCCUGCCCAGAGGGUCGGCCUGAUUUCUCGGAGGUCGUAUCCAACCUCGAGGAAUGUCUCUGUAACAUUGAGUUGAUGUCCCCAGCAUCCAGUAACAGCAGCGGUUCCCUUUCGCCCUCAGCCUCUUCAGACUGUCUGGUUGCUCGCAGUGGGCCAGGGCGUAGCCAUGUUGCCGCUUUGCGGACGCGUUUUGAGCUGGAGUACGCUUUGAAUUCAAGAGCUUAUGCUGGUUGGCCUCAGAGCUCGGAAGCCUCUUCCGGCCACGGUCUGACCUUAGAAGAGAUGAGGAAAAGUUUUCAGUACCCACCAAUAGACAAGAAUGGUUACGUGUCUGAUCCCAUGAGCACUAUGCGAUUUCAUAGUUGCUGCAGGAGCAGCAGUUUCGAAGACAGUAACUGACAGAUGGAGCCGUUACAGGCUGUGGCGGGAUACCAGUAAAAGGGCAAACGCAGCGCCACCUGACAGCCCAAGGGGAAGUGUUUACACACAAAGAUCCUCUCUUCUUUUAUUUAUGUCAGAUAAUUCAUUUUUAUGUUCUUGUUUUGUUCUUUUUUAUUACAUGAGAGAGACCGUGAGGCUUUAUCAAUUUUCA